UACAGUGCGUGCCGAAGGAAGGAGUCCGCUUUCGUUUUUACAAAUAUUGUGUUCGAUUAUCUCACUGGUUUGUGGAAAUAAAAGCUGGCAUCAUGGCAGAUCUGAGUUGCAAAGUCUUUGUUGGUGGCCUUGAACACAAAACAGACAAUGAUUCCCUUCAGGCUUACUUUUCACAAUUUGGAGAUAUCACAGACUGCAUUGUGAUGAAGAGGGAUGAUGUUUCGCGCUGUUUCGGCUUUGUUACAUUUACAGACCCUAGUGCAGCACAAGCUUGUACAAAGAAUGGUGGGAAACAUGAGGUGGAUAAUAAAACGGUGGAAUGUCGUCCCGCGACUGAGAAAGGCACCAGAGGUGAACGAGGGAGAGGUGGUGGCCGUGGGGGCGGUAGAGGGCGUGGUCGCGGACGUGGAGGUGGGAGAUAUGGCGAUGGCGGUGGCUACGACAAUAGCUACAACAGUUACGGCGGUGGCGACAGCUAUGGAGGUGGACGCAGCUAUGGAGGUGGCUAUGGCGGUGGCAGUGGAUAUGGUGGAAGCGGAUAUGGUGGAAGCAGUGGAAGCUAUGGAGGUAGCAGUGGUGGUUAUGGAGGUAGCAGUGGAGGCUAUGGUGGUAGCAGCGGCGGCUAUGGUAAUAGUGGAGGCUAUGGUAACAGUGGAGGCUAUGAUAGUGGCAGCUAUGAUUCAGGUUAUGGUCAGACAAGUUACAGUUCAGAUUCAUAUGGUGACGCUGGUGGUUAUGGUGGACAGAGCAACUAUGGUAGUGGCGGCAGAAGUGGUCGAGGUAAUGAGCGUUACCAACCAUAUUAGACAUUCGGCCAUUAGACAUCUAUUUAGAUGCUUACUUACGUGUUUGUUCCAAGAAAACAAAGACUUCUCUCCAAGACUAAAGCACCAUGGAUUACUUAUUUGACUUUCUGCGAUGGCGUGGAAAUGGGAAGCGAACUACUUUCGAGGUGUUUGAAGAUUCUCACAAGGACCAAAACAUUUUUUUAAACUUCUGAAAGUUCUGUUUUCUUAAGUUUGAAUCGCAUAUUCACAUUGCUUAAAUAGAUGUAUAAAUCUUCAUCUUCAUACAGGAUACAGUAUUCUAUGUAUGUAAAGUAGUCACAUGCUAUUUCAUAACCAGUUCAUUUUUACUGAUGUUUUAUGAAAGACUUUCUUUUAUAGUAAUGUCACUGAUACCUGGUCUUCAAAUUACAAACUUAUUGAGUUUGGUCAUUGAGUUGUGAAUAUUGUCAAAGUCCUGGUCUUAGUUGUAGUUGGUGUGAUUUUUUUGUCUGUUUUUUUACCUAUUGUGACUGAAUCAGUUUUGACGUGGUAUAAGGCUGUCAAAUACAACCGAACAGUUUACUCUCUACAACUUCAUUUCUCCUGGACAUUGCUCUAACAUAUGUAGCUUUUUUAAAUAGUUUUUGGAGGGAACUCUGUGCAUCAGUUGGCGCAUUGAAAACCGUUUGUUCUAACUAAACCCUACUUAGUAAUUUCUGGUACCCAUUAAGACCAGGAUCAUUAUGAUUUGAUUGAACCAGUUCUAUCUUUCAGUCAAUGUCAUGUUAGUCAUUGUACUGUAUGUGUUUACAUGAAAUUGAAGUCGGCAAUAAAUUUUUUGAUAUUGUAAA